CCCUCAGUCUGAGAGAUAAGCACUGUUAACAUUUUGUGGGUAUCUUUCUAUUGAUAGAUUUACAGUGUAAUGAGGGAAGUAAGACAUGAUCACAUGAAAGGCUUAAUAAUCCAAGACGCUGUUGAGUGACUAGCUUGUACUUUUUUUCUGCCUAGCUUUUUUUCUCCUUUUGGAAACUGCUUUUCCCAUAACUAGUGGAGCUGCCAAUCAUCCGGGUCCCUCUCCACUGCGAAUGGGUUGGACAGUGUAUCACCUCAGGCUCUUUUCUGGGAGAGACUCUCUAAUCUGGAAUCUCAAAUGCUAAAGACCGCUAGUCCUGCAGUGCUGCCGGGCAAGGCCUUCCUAUCCUCAGAGCACCCCUGUUUGAAUCAUACUAGUUUAGAAGAGUGAAGUUACAGGUGAUUCAAAACCAUUCCUGAUGACAACAUUGGACCUCAAGGUCUAGCUGGCUUAAAGCCAGCCUGAAUUCAUCCUAGACUUUCCUAAAUCAGUAAAGCCAACAAACUCACUAUUUUGCUUAAGCAAACUUGAGUUAGGUGUCUGUCAUUUGCAGAGUCCCUACUACUACCACCUCCUGUGUCUGUGCCAUGGUGCCACAUGGGGAGUCACCGAGAUGAGUUAGGACCCUGUAUGCCCCUUGCCCCCCAGGAGGAUGGGUGUUCCUCAGUGAGAGCAGGUUCAGUGCAUUGUGCCUGUUGUCUCCUUCAAGGCAAAGCGGGAUGGCCAUGAGAGGCAGCAGCCUUGGCCAAGUGGGGCAUGGGGCUGCCGUGCCAGGCCAGGCUGGCUCUGAACUGUUCUUUACUGCACUCUGUCCAUUAGAAUGACAGAGUCCGAGUCUGGAGUUAGAAUUAUAGUGAACAUGGGGGAUUCUGUGUCACAGAGGCUCUGCAAACCCAUGCCACCUGCUAUAUAAGAGCUCUCUGCCAUGCAAGAGCAGACUGGCUGCCUUCCACACCUAUUAUUCAGUAAAAUAGCAGUAAAAAUGCAGCUUGUGGCAAUGACUAAGCUUAGCCCAGGCCUGCUGAUGGAGUUCUUGGUGCCUGUGGAUAUAACACAUGUUGCUCGUUUACCUUCAGAACAUUUUUUCGGUGUUUUCUGGGCAGUGUAUUUGCUCCCCGUUGCAGUAGGUCAUUGUCACUGGGGCUGACUCUAGGCCGUCCAUAGUAGCAGGGAGCGUAGACCCCAGGUUUUGUGAGGAUGCCCAUAUCAUUUUGGAGCUCCCUGAAUUCAAAAUUAAGUAUGAAAAGAUUUAUUUGGAAUGAAAAAAAUUACAACAAAUUAUUGAAGCCUAGGCGUUUCAGAUGCCUACCUCUGAGAUCCCUUUAGUUGGCUCACCAGAAGCCCCUGCUGCGAUAUGCUUCCUGGUCGCAGCCCGACUUCCCCUUCCCACCUAGAACUCACAGUGCUCACAGGGUCAUGGCAAGGUGGUGGGGCACGGCUGAAGCUUCAGGGUAAAUGCAUUUGUGGAGAGCAGACUGAGUUUUUGUUUUUGUUUUUAAAUCUGUUCAGUGUCUCAGGGAGCAAUCAGCAAAAAGCUAGCCAGCCUACAUCUUGAAACCCUUACAUUUUGGAGAGGUACAAAUUAAGCAUUGAGGACCAAGUAGGAUGGAAAUAUGAUUUUGCACUUUGUGCAUGUGUGCGUGUAAGAAAGAGAAGAGAGAGAGAUUGUGAGAGGCAGGAGAGAGAGGGGGAGAGGCCAUCAGAACUUGGGGAGAGCAGAGCCCGCCUGCUUCCUGAGUGAAGCGUUGCUCAAGCGCUCUCUGCCCAGCCCCCUCUGAGUGUGGUUUUCCUCCCAGGCCAGCACCAAACUCAGAAUAGAGUGGCUGACUUGCUGAUUGAGGUUGGCAGCUCCCGAGAAGCAGGAGAAGCAGAGUUUUGCAGACAGAUCUGCGAAGACAAACAUGCGGAGUGCAGCCAAGCCCUGGAGCCCAGCCAUCAGAGCAGGAGGCCACGGCCCAGACCGGGCACGGCCUCUGCCUGCAACCCCUUCCGGCAUGAAGAGUUCUAAGUCUUCAACUUCCUUGGCUUUUGAGUCCCGACUCAGCAGGCUCAAGAGGGCCAGCAGUGAGGACACGCUCAACAAGCCAGGAAGUACCACUGCAUCGGGGGUGGCUCGCCUGAAGAAGACCGCCACUGCCGGAGCCAUCUCGGAGCUCGCCGAGAGCCGCCUGAGGAGCGGCACAGGGGCCUUUACAACAACCAAACGGACAGGCAUUCCAGCGCCACGGGAAUUUUCAGUAACUGUCUCAAGAGAGAGGUCUGUGCCACGUGGUCCCUUGAACCCCAGGAAAUCAGUGUCCAGUCCAACUUCUUCCAACACUCCCACUCCUACCAAACACCUGAGGACCCCUUCCACCAAGCCCAAGCAAGAGAAUGAAGGUGGAGAAAAGGCUGCGCUUGAGUCCCAAGUUCGGGAACUUUUGGCAGAAGCCAAAGCAAAAGAUAGUGAAAUUAACAGGCUUCGAAGUGAACUAAAGAAAUGCAAAGAGAAAAGGACUCUUAGCGCUGAGGGGACUGAUGCUUUGGGCCCAAAUGUUGAUGGAACAUCAGUCUCCCCAGGUGACACAGAACCUGUGAUAAGAGCACUUGAGGAGAAGAACAAGAACUUUCAGAAAGAGCUUUCCAAUCUAGAGGAAGAAAACCGGGCCCUGAAGGAGAAACUGAUCUAUCUUGAGCACUCCCCAAAUUCAGAAGGAGCAGCAAGUCACACUGGUGACAGCAGCUGCCCGACAUCCAUAACUCAAGAGUCAAGCUUCGGAAGCCCAGCUGGAAAUCAGUUGUCCAGUGACAUUGAUGAGUAUAAAAAAAACAUACAUGGAAAUGCAUUACGGACAUCAGGCUCCUCAAGUAGCGAUGUUACCAAAGCUUCUUUGUCGCCAGAUGCUUCCGACUUUGAGCACAUUACCGCAGAGACACCCUCAAGGCCCCUGUCCUCCACCAGUAACCCCUUUAAGAGUUCAAAGUGUUCUGCCACUGGGAGUUCCCCAAACAACGUCAGUGAAUUGUCCCUGGCUUCCCUCACAGAGAAGAUACAAAAGAUGGAAGAAAACCACCAUAGCACUGCAGAAGAACUACAGGCUACUCUACAGGAACUAUCAGACCAGCAACAAAUGGUGCAGGAAUUGACAGCUGAAAAUGAGAAGCUGGUGGAUGAAAAGACGAUUUUAGAGACAUCCUUUCAUCAGCAUCGAGAGAGGGCAGAGCAGCUAAGUCAAGAAAAUGAGAAGCUGAUGAAUCUUUUACAAGAGCGAGUAAAGAAUGAAGAGCCCACCACUCAGGAAGGAAAAAUCCUUGAACUGGAGCAGAAGUGCACAGGUAUUCUUGAACAGGGCCGCUUUGAAAGAGAGAAGCUGCUCAACAUUCAGCAGCAGUUGACCUGUAGCUUGCGGAAGGUUGAGGAAGAAAACCAAGGAGCUUUAGAAAUGAUUAAACAUCUGAAGGAAGAAAAUGAAAAACUGAAUGAGUUUCUAGAACUGGAACGGCAUAAUAAUAACAUGAUGGCCAAAACUUUGGAAGAGUGUAGAGUUACCUUGGAAGGGCUAAAAACUGAGAAUGGAUCUUUGAAGUCUCAUUUGCAGGGUGAGAAGCAGAAAGCCAUAGAGGCCAGUGCCAUGGAGCAGACGGCAGAGAGCUGCGAAGUUCAAGAAAUGUUGAAAGUAGCGCGAGCGGAGAAAGAUCUACUGGAACUGUCUUGCAAUGAGCUCAGACAAGAAUUACUAAAGGCAAACGGUGAAAUUAAACAUGUUUCCAGUCUGCUGGCAAAGGUGGAAAAGGAUUAUUCAUACCUGAAGGAGAUAUGUGAUCACCAAGCCGAACAGCUAAGCAGAACCAGCCUAAAGCUGCAAGAAAAAGCAUCAGAGAGUGAUGCAGAGAUCAAAGACAUGAAAGAAACCAUAUUUGAAUUGGAAGAUCAGGUGGAACAGCACCGAGCUGUCAAGUUACACAAUAAUCAACUCAUCAGUGAGCUAGAAAGUAAUGUGAUCAAGCUGGAGGAACAGAAGUCAGACCUGGAGAGGCAGCUAAAGACUCUGACCAAGCAGAUGAAGGAGGAUACCGAGGAAUGGAGGCGGUUCCAGGCAGAUCUGCAGACCGCGGUGGUGGUGGCCAAUGACAUCAAGUGUGAGGCCCAGCAGGAGCUGCGCACUGUGAAGAGGAAACUGCUGGAGGAGGAGGAGAAGAACGCCCGGUUGCAGAAGGAGCUGGGGGAUGUGCAGGGCCACGGCAGGGUGGUCACCAGCAGAGCCACCCCUCCCUCCCUGGGCUCUGUCAGCUAGCAGAGCAUUUGGUGGAAGAAAGACAGCCCAGCUCUUGCCAUGAUUGGGAGCCGCAGCCAUCUCUAGAUGAAAGGGAGAAUGUAUAGAGGAGAAAUUGCCUCUUUAUAAAGAGCCCAGUUGUCUCCUUGUGACAUUCUCUGUUUCUCAGAGUCAUUGCCGUCAAGUCUCUGCUUUUUGUCCACAUUUUGGGAUCAGCUCACUGCAUGAUCAAAGAUGAUGUUUCCCUCUUUUUACUUUUCCUCAGAAGAUUCAGCCGUCUUUUAUUUGGAGAAUAAAAUGAAGUUGUUCUGAAAAAAACAAAGUACAAGUCUUAUGAAAAGUUAUUUGCAACUGGAGUGCUGAAAGGGCGCAGUGGCAGAGCAGAUGCAGAGCUGGGCACAGCACAGGCCCGAGUUCUUUUGUUGUUGUUGUUUUGUUUUGUUUUUUUUGAGACAGAGUUUUACUCUUGUCGCCCAGGCUGGAAUGCAACGGUGCGAUCUCGGCUCACUGCAACCUCUGCCUCCCAGGUUCAAGUGAUUCUCCUGCCUCAGCCUUCCAAGUAGCUGGAAUUACAGGCACCUGCCACCAUGCCCAGCUAAUUUUUGUAUUGUUAGUAGAGAUGGGGUUUCACCAUGUUGGCCAGGCUGGUCUCAAACUCCUGACCUCAGGUGAUCGCCUGCUUCAGCCUCCCAAAGUGCUGGGUUUACAGACAUGAGCCACCGAGCCCAGCCCCUAAGGCCCAAGUUCUACUUUUUGGCGUUCAUUUCUCUGCUUCCUUUUGAUCAUGGUGUCUGAUCAUCUUGGAAUUCACAUUACUCAAGGCAAAAUAGGAAGCCAUCUGCAUGAUGUCAUAUUCCGAAGAAGUCAGAAAGUUCGUCAAGUUGGAGCUUUAUUCUUAUUGCCCAGGCUGGAGUGCAGUGGUGCGAUCUUGGCUCACUGCAAGCUCCACUUCCUGGUUUAAGCUAUUCUCCUGCCUUGGCCUCCCAAGUAGCUGGGACUACAGGCACGUGCCGUCACACCCGGCUAAUUUUGUAUUUUUAGUAGAGACGCAAUUUCACCAUGUUGGUCAGGCUGGUCUCGAACUCCUGACCUCAAGUGAUCUGGCCGCCUUGGCUUCCCAAAGUGCUGGGAUUACAAGUGUGAUCCCCGUGCCCGGCCCCUUCUGUGGGGUCUUGAUUGAGCCUCUUCACUCGGAGACUGACUUCAUUACCUCGUCUGAAACAAGGUGCCUGCAAGCUUUGAGUUGAUUUCCAGAAUCUUGCUGGGUUAAACAUAAGUAGAUAUUUGAUCAUAAAGGAUGUUAUUAAGCCAGAUAGGUAAGCACGGUGACAAUGGUAAUAGAAAUCUAAUGGAAAACGAUUGAAUGACAACUACACCAAAGUUUCGUGGAUGAAACUCACCCCAGAAACUUAGCGUUCAACUCAGAGUGAUACACAAUUCAAAAUGUGAUUUAAACUUCUGGAAAUAUGUGUGUUUGUGAAGAUUCAAAUCCAAUUCAGCAACCUCCAUCAGGCAGAAACCUCCUGCAAUUCUCACGCGAGGAACUGGUUCACAGUGUACACGGCAUGGAGCUAUUAGCGACGUUAUCCAAAGGAUGAGACAAGACAAGAGUUACAGUCUAAUAAAAGGAAAAUUAGGAACGGGAAUGCUCUUUAAACUCAGGAAGAUCUUUUGGGGUAUCAAACCGUACAGCACAGAAUCACUAGAAAAAUUAGUGUGGCGUGAGAAGAGUCAUUGAGGUCUUCUCUGUAAAAAUAACUUAGAUACUUGUGAGUAGGACUGAAAUUUAUAUUUUGGGAGCUCUUUACCUCAGAUUCAGAGUUCUUAGGAUUAUUUAAAAUUCAUUUGCUGGAUGUUUUCAAAUAUAAACAAUAAGGAAACUGCAACUUAACUUAAAAGGCACUGCUGUAUUUGCACCCCAUAUUUUGACCUGUCGUUAGGUACUGUUGAAUAUUUUUAUCUGUAAGCCUUUAUGAAGUGCAAAAUAAACAUGUUCUUAUAUAGAAGCAUCUGCUGCUUAGUUUUAAUCACCAGCUACGUUUCUGCAGGGACCUUAUGUCGUUUUGUUCUACAUUUUUUUCUGAAUACAGUUUCAGAACUUCAAAGCCACAUCAAGUAACUAGAAUUUGAAGCAGAAAAAAGCUGGACUGUAAGUUGUGAAUAGGAGGGUGACAUGGAAUAUGAACAAUUUCAUUAGUAGAACAAAAGGGCAUGGAGUAAAAGUGCUAAUUUUGCACAAGUUUUUAAAACUCUAGGGUCUCAGAAAAUAUAGUACGGACUUAAAGUCUAGAUGUGUUUCAUUGACAUUUAAAUAUGAAUAGAUUGGUGAUUUAAUGUAUUGGAUUUUUUCUUAAUUAUGAAGUAAUAUUUAGGAAUACUAAUAACAAAAUGGAGAUGUGUGAAGAAAAAUAUUAGUCUUUCUUCUCCCUCAGUACCACCUUUGAGGAAAUCAGUGUUAACAGUGUGUACAUUUUUUCUUUACUAGUAAAUAUGUAUAGGAUUCAUUUUUAUAUUUUUAAUAAAAAUUGGAUUAUAUUCUAUUCUGUA